CCCAGUUUAAGUCUCUUUGUAAGACUCGGUUUUAGAGAAGUUUGCCAAGUGCUGCUUUAAAAUCAAACAAGGCCUACGUCAUCAAGACUAAGAAUAUUUCCAACUUAAGUACUGCUCGUAGAAACUAAAAACUAGCAUACAUUGACUUUCAAAUCCAACAUUUAACUUCGCUCAUAAAGAUUCUUCUACAGGCAGAUUAACUCGCAGUCUAUCGAUACGUGGUAUUCUUUACACUUACAUGAAAACGACAGUCUACAAUAAAUCUGUAAAACAAAACACGCAACCAUGCCUAAAUCAUUAAAAGUUGCUCUAAAGAAUAAUAGCAAUUCAGACCAAGUCUAUGCGUACAUCACCGGCAUAGCCCUUCAACACAGAGGGCAACGUUGCUUUCUCAAAGCCGACGGGGAGGGUCUUUACUUCCCGCAAAAUCCGCCCCGCAUUGGCUCACCGCUGACCGAAGACUGCGCUAUUCCUCUCGGAACGCCGGGGAACACGGUGACGGUCACGAUCCCACAAAUGGCCGGCGGCAGGAUCUGGUUUUCUCGCGACGCAAAGCUCACCUUCUUGCUUAAUCCCGGUCCUGGUCUAGUCGAGCCCAGCGUCUUAAAUCCGACCGAUCCUAAUGCGGAUGUCGAUUUUGGCUUUUGCGAGUUUACGCUCAACGAUGCGCAGCUUUACGCAAAUAUUAGCUAUGUAGACUUUGUCUCACGUCUGCCGAUGGGCAUCUCACUAGAGCUGGCAAAUGGCUCGGUGCAGAGUGUUGCCGGCAUGGCUCCUGACGGCGUGGAUCGCAUCGCUGAGGGGCUGCGCGAGCAAGCGCAAAAGGAUGGCCGGCCUUGGGACAAGUUGGUAGUCAACCGUAAAGGUAGGAUUCUCCGGGUACUAAAUGCGACGCACGGGAAUGCCGUGCGUGCGAACUUCAGCGGUUACUACGAACCAUAUGUGAAUGAGGUAUGGGAACAUUUCCUCGCCAAGCAGAAAGAAGGCCAGGUCCUGAAAAUCAACACGCAAGCUGCACCAGGCAUUUUAAGUGCCCAGUUCAUGAGUAAUGGCGAGGUACAGGUUGGUAAUGAGAAGUUUGGUAAGCCGAAUACGGCGGACAUCUUUGGCUGCAACAGUGGUCCGUUCACGACGGGACCGUCGCCCACGCGUAACGCCAUCAUCCCGCGCCUAGCUGCUGCAUUUGUGCGCACAGCACUGCUGGAGGCAUACGAACACCCUUCGCAACCGCGCACAUUCUACCAGAGAGAUCCGACAAAUCAUUAUGCUCGCAUUGUACAUGAGCACAAUGUUGACGGAAAAGGUUAUGCAUUUGCUUACGACGACGUGCAGCCGGAUGGCGGUGACGAUCAGUCAGGGAAGGUCAAUGCAGGCGACCCAGUGUUAUUCACGGUAACCGUUGGUGGCGUUCAAACGUAAUACAAUUCGCUACCCCUAUGUUCGGAAGUUUUCAUAUUAUCAUUUUUCGGGUCUACCUCUUAUGAUAUUAAGGGAGAGUCAUUAGAAAGCCCUGGGGUCAGGGGGUCACGGUUGGAUACAAGGUAUUUGAAGUAAGUCAACAUGGUAGCAAACUUAAUAGAGUAAUAUCAAAGUAAGUGCAGCUCAUUUACCAUCUGCAUUUAUCAAUAUAAGAGUUAUCAAGUACACAAA